GAAGUGUGCCCUAAAAAUUUCAGUUGCUUCAGACCCGACCCCUACAGCGGUCGUAUUUUGGAUUGGUAAAAAUUUAAGAAAAACAAAAAUUUGGUUGUGAAAAAUUCCUAAAGUGGGUACAGUGCCGUCAACAUGUCGGCGUUGCGCCUGGUGGUGCCUCGCAUGCCGCCAUCCUAUGUCGCCUGGAAGAUGGGACGUCGCUUCGCCAGCGGCGGCGGCGAUGGCGUCCGUCUCAUGGUCGGCGAUCGCGAGGUAGUGGGUUACGGCAUCAACGGUCGGCCCAUCUACUUUGACAGGUCAGACUUCCCGUUUCCGGCCAUUCGGUAUCGCACAGUGACGCCAGAGGUGUGCGCACUCCGUGAGAAAGAGCUAGGCGACUGGAAGACGCUUUCGAUUGAGGAUAAGAAGCAGCUGUAUCGGCAUAGCUUCUGUCAAACGUUCGCAGAGUUCCAGUAUUUCUCGCCCGACUGGAAGCUAGCAUUGGGCCUGCCCCUGUGGUUGCUGGCUAUUGCCUGUGGCAUAACAGUGUUCAUGAAGACCACAGUAUACAAAUAUACGCCGGAUACUUUAGAGGAGGAUCGGCAGUCGGCGCAGCUACGCAGGAUGAUCCAUCUACAGAUGAACCCGGUCACUGGAGUGUCUUCCCAGUGGUGCUACAACACCAACAAGUGGAAGUAAUACUCGUUUGUUGGUGGCUAACUCUCAGAUCCUUAAUUGAAUUGCCGUAUAUAAAUUAAUAUUUUUUUUUUUAACAAAUAUGACCACAUGUAACACUACACCAACAAUCCCUCAACAACAUCAACAAUGAUUCAACAAUUGUUCAUCACAACACACCAACACUAUAGUUACGAUAUUUACAAUAAUUUUAUGAUACAAACACGCGAUUGCAGUCCCCAUCAACCAGCCUUUCCUCAACCUAAACUGGCAAACUCGUCGAAUUUCUUCAUACAUCCCCAAUACCACAAGACUCACAGAAAAAAAAAAAACAUGCAGAAAUUGAAAUUGAUCUAUUUAGGAUGCCCUCGACAGAAAACCUUGCAAUUACAUAUGGAAUUAAUGCAUUUACAUUUACAAUUACAAUUGCACGUUUUCAAUACAUAUACACUACACAACACUCUUUUAAUGUUAUGUAAAAAUAAGACUCUCACACCGA